UAUGCAGAUUGCGGGGCGUGCCGGUAAAUACCCCGGAUGUGAUAGACCAUGUGCAGUUCGGUCUCAUUCGCACCAUACGGCCGUCCUCUCCUGCAGGAGUUAUAUCAUCCCGUGUUGCAGACCUUGUAGCAGCUACAAGCUUUUUACCUCACAGAGAUGUUUCGUCUACCAACAGUCAUGAAGCAGGUGAGGCCUGUGUGCCGGGCACUGGCACCUCACCUGACGAGAGCCUACGCUAAAGAUGUGAAGUUUGGAGCUGAUGCUCGCGCCCUCAUGCUGCAGGGAGUUGACCUGCUGGCUGAUGCUGUGGCCGUCACCAUGGGCCCAAAGGGUCGCACUGUCAUCAUUGAGCAGAGCUGGGGCAGCCCUAAGGUCACCAAGGACGGCGUGACGGUGGCCAAGAGCAUCGACCUGAAGGACAAGUACAAGAACAUCGGCGCCAAGCUGGUGCAGGAUGUGGCCAACAACACCAACGAGGAGGCCGGUGACGGCACCACUACUGCUACGGUGCUGGCCCGUGCCAUCGCCAAGGAGGGCUUUGACACCAUCAGCAAAGGUGCCAACCCUGUGGAGAUUCGCCGUGGAGUCAUGUUGGCAGUGGAAGCCGUAAUCAAUGAGCUGAAAAAUCUCUCCAAGCCGGUCACAACCCCUGAGGAGAUUGCACAGGUUGCUACAAUCUCAGCCAAUGGAGACACUGAGAUCGGUAACAUCAUCUCCAAUGCCAUGAAGAAAGUUGGCCGCAAGGGAGUCAUCACUGUCAAGGAUGGGAAGACUCUGCACGACGAGCUGGAAAUCAUUGAGGGUAUGAAGUUUGACCGUGGUUACAUCUCCCCUUACUUCAUCAACACUGCCAAAGGUCAGAAGUGUGAGUUCCAGGACGCCUACCUGCUGCUGAGUGAGAAGAAGAUCUCCAGCGUCCAGAGCAUCGUACCAGCUCUGGAGAUUGCCAACCAACACCGCAAACCGCUGGUCAUUGUUGCUGAGGAUGUGGAUGGAGAGGCCCUCAGCACCUUGGUGCUCAACAGGCUUAAGGUUGGGCUUCAGGUAGUUGCUGUUAAAGCCCCAGGCUUUGGAGAUAACAGGAAGAACCAGCUGAAGGAUAUGGCCAUCGCCACCGGGGGCACUGUGUUUGGAGAUGAGGCCCUGGGCCUGGCCCUUGAAGACAUCCAGCCUCACGACUUCGGUAAGGUCGGCGAGGUGCAGAUUACUAAAGAUGACACCCUGCUGCUGAGGGGAGGUGGCAGCACAGUUGAGAUCGACAAACGGGCAGCAGAGAUCGCCGAGCAGCUGGAGAACACCACCAGCGACUACGAGAAGGAGAAACUCAAUGAGAGGCUGGCCAAGCUGUCAGACGGAGUGGCUGUGCUCAAGGUCGGAGGAACAAGUGAUGUGGAGGUGAAUGAGAAGAAGGACCGUGUGACAGACGCUCUGAACGCCACCCGGGCAGCUGUGGAGGAGGGGAUUGUACCAGGUGGAGGCUGCGCUCUGCUGCGCUGCAUCCCAUCUCUGGAUACCCUCAAACCUGCCAACGCUGACCAGAAGAUCGGCGUUGAUAUCAUCAGGCGGGCGCUCCGCAUCCCCGCCAUGACCAUCGCCAAAAACGCAGGCGUGGAGGGUUCACUGGUGGUGGAGAAGAUCCUGCAGGGAUCAGCUGAGAUCGGCUACGAUGCCAUGCAGGGAGAGUACGUCAACAUGGUGGAGAAGGGCAUCAUCGACCCCACCAAGGUGGUGAGGACGGCGCUGUUGGACGCUGCAGGAGUAGCCUCUCUGCUCUCCACCGCCGAGGCUGUCGUCACGGAGAUCCCCAAGGAGGAGAAGGAGAUGCCGGGAGGCAUGGGUGGCAUGGGAGGCAUGGGCGGGAUGGGAGGAGGCAUGGGUUUCUAAGCCAACCUUCCUGAUUUGUUGCUGUACAGACUAAUAGGCAGAGUGGUGCUGGGGGUGGCUGAGGAACACAAAGUCCUCCCCAAGAACCUGCAACCACCUCCACCUCCACCAAACUCUGCCCACACUGACUGGCCAUGAGUAUGUUGGAGCUGCCCCCCCCCUUACACUAUUUAAUCCCGCCUCCUGCCUCUUUGCCCGGGUUUCUGGAGGAGCCAGCCUCGCCCCCAACUCAGUGCUGCUCUGUCCCAUUCACCCGGUCUAGAGGAGGAGACCCCAUCGAGCCCAGUUUACUACAACAGAUCCAUCUUAACAGCUCUGCUCAAUGAACCAUCUACAUGUGCACAAAACUCAUAGUUCGUCAUGUAAAACGCUCAUACAGGUGAUGCCAUUUUGAUCUCUGUAAGAGGUGGUCAAAGAUGAAGAAUCUUCACAGAAACUAACAUAGUAUAGGUACUGAUGAUGCUCUGUAUUACCACGAAGAGAGCAGGGCUCGAAUGACAAAAGAUACCUAGCCAGGAAUGUGUCUCUGUCCUUUAUUUCUGUCUUUAUAGUAUUUUGUUAAUUCUUUUUUUAUAUAUAUAUAUGUUGUCAUGGUUUUUUCCCCAGCUAACAUGAUGUGGGUUAAAAUCUUGUCAUUUGAUUUAAUUAAACCAAUUUUCAUACAGAA